GUCAACGUCAGAGGGGGGACUUUGUGUGCGAAUCUGGCAACCCGGGACGAUCCCAGCCGGUUUAGCUUGUGUUUCCUUCCUCACUCAGCUGAACGUCCGCUCUAGGUAGCCGGCGCCGAAGCAUCAUGUCCAAAGUCGCGGACACUAAGCUCUACGACAUCCUCGGCGUCUCCCCGUCGGCAUCGGAAAAUGAACUUAAAAAGGCCUACCGAAAAUUGGCUAAGGAGUACCAUCCCGAUAAGAACCCAGAUGCGGGAGACAAGUUCAAAGAGAUCAGUUUUGCAUAUGAAGUACUGACUAAUCCGGAGAAGAAGGAUCUAUACGACCGCUAUGGAGAACAGGGCCUGCGGGAAGGUGGAGGCGGCGGCCCAGGCAUGGACGAUAUCUUCUCUCACAUUUUCGGCGGAGGACUCUUCGGUUUCAUGGGGGGCCAGGGUAGAGGACGCAAUGGCGGACGGAGGCGAGGCGAAGACAUGGUGCACCCUCUCAAAGUUUCUCUUGAAGAUCUCUACAAUGGUAAAACUACUAAACUACAGCUAAGCAAGAAUGUGCUUUGUGCUGCCUGCAACGGUCAGGGGGGCAAGGCGGGCGCCGUGCAAAAGUGUGUGGCAUGCAGAGGACUAGGUAUGCGGGUGGUGAUAAGACAGCUGGCCCCUGGAAUGGUCCAACAGGUGCAGUCGGUCUGCACGGACUGCAAAGGAGACGGCGAGGUGAUCAGCGAGAAGGAUCGUUGUAAAAAGUGUGAAGGUCAUAAGGUCAGUAAGGAAACAAAGCUGCUGGAGGUGCACGUGGACAAAGGCAUGAGACACGGACAGAAGAUCACCUUCACCGGGGAAGCCGACCAAGCGCCGGGUGUGGAACCUGGAGACAUUGUCCUGGUCCUGCAGGAAAAAGAACACGAGGAUUUUCGCCGGGAAGGCAGCAACCUUCACAUGGUGCAGCGCAUUGGCCUGGUUGAGGCUCUUUGUGGCUUCCAGAUAACCGUCACACACCUGGAUGGACGGCAGCUGCUUGUCAAAUACCCACCUGGCAAGGUCAUAGAACCAGGCUGCAUUCGUGUGGUUAAAGGCGAGGGAAUGCCACAGUAUAGAAACCCUUUUGAGAAGGGCGACCUCUAUAUCAAGUUUGACGUGCAGUUCCCUGAGAACAACUGGAUAAGUCCUGAUAAACUAAACGAACUGGAGUGCCUGCUGCCGAGCCGCGCCGAGGACCCUCUAAUUUCCGCCGACGCCGAGGAGGUGGACCUGACGGAUUUCGACAGAAGUCAAGGGUCGGGCGGGGGAGCCAGGAGAGAAGCGUACAACGACAGCUCCGACGAGGAGGGCGGCGGCCAUCACGGUCCGGGGGUGCAGUGCGCACACCAAUAAAGAAGACAUUGACGCGUUUACAUGCAUCAUCUCUCCAGUUCCGCUUAUACAAACCCCAUUCAGAACGAGACAGCACACACAAACACACUUGCACCUUCUUCUGUUCUAUGGUGCCCAUUAAGAGGUGCUGGAGUUGUGAUGAUCAUUUUGUGUUUAAAUGAUGUUAGUGCUCAAAACGCCUCAGGCCAAAACUUGACUCAGACCUCCGCGACGGUUCUUCACUCAGACAAACAGCAGUUGUUCUCACGAGGAAAAAAAACUCCAGUAUUCUCAACCCGUGUAGUCUACAACACACGAGCAUGCCGCUUACUUACUGAUGACGUCGUACAAACUGGGUCCACACACAACCAACACAAAAUAUUUUGUGACAUCACACAAAUGACGUCAAGCCUGAAGGUUCCACACAGCCUCAUCCAUGUUUUUUUUUUUUUUUUUCAAUUUUGUCCCCUAUGCUGUCACC